AAGCUUAAGGAAUAUCUGAACGUUCUGUCUGCUGGGAGCUGUAGUCUUGCGAAGCUGGAGAAGGUGGUUUGGUGUGCGUAGAAUCGACAUCGGAACUGGCGAAACUCGGGAGUGCCUGGAUCAGGAAGAAUGGAUAAAUUAAAGCGAGUUCUCGGUGGACAGGACGCGGAGGACCCGGGACCUCUGGCAGAGAUAGCUGAUGCCACUUCCUUAAGCUGGAGUACCAGACUGAAAGCCUUCAUAGCUUGUUUUGCAAUAGGAGUUGUGUGUUCUAUUCUGGGUUCAUGUCUACUAUGGGUUCCCAGGAAAGGAGCUAUCUUGUUUGGAGUAUUUUACACCCUGGGAAAUAUCUCCUCCCUUGGAAGUACCGUCUUUCUUAUGGGACCAAUGAAACAGUUAAAAAGAAUGUUUGAACCCACUCGUUUGAUAGCUACAAUUGUUAUGCUUUUAUGCCUCAUAUUAACUCUGUGUGCAGCUUUCUGGUGGCAUAAUAAGGGGCUUACCAUCCUCUUUUGCCUUUUACAAUUCUUUGCCUUGGCAUGGUACAGCAUUUCCUACAUACCAUUUGCAAGGGAUGCUGUGAAAAAAUGUUUUGCUGCAUGCCUCACAUAACAGGCUAAAUUGGCUAUCUUCUUACACUGAGAACUACAACACCUGCACAACCAAAUGAUUCUUGAAACAGCACACAGCUGCCUAAGAACAAAGCAUUAACGUGUUAGGUUAACAUGUGACUCAGAAGACAAAGCUACCAUAUAUUCUCCUGAAGAUAACACAUUUUAUGAAACUUUCAAGAUAAAUUAUGUCUCGUCUUCACUUGCAAAACUAAUACUUAAUGUAUGCCACAAAAAAAAUCUUUUUUUCAGAUGAUUUUAUUUUGGAAGUAAAAUUGAUAUUCUAGUAGGGAUGGGAUUUCUAUUAACAGGUUUCUAUCAAAAAGUCCAUAGGACAGAUUAUAUUUUUGGAAAUAUUUGCUAAGCAUGUAGUAAAUUCUUUCAUUCUUUUAGUUACUUGCUACCAAAAGACCAUUUCUAAAUGUCUCUUUUUCCAUUCUAAAAAUCAUGAUUGCAAAUUGUAUGAGGAAAGUUCCUGGAAUUAAUUUGUUGUCUUAACAGGAUACCAAUUAUAAUUCCUUUCUUUAAAUUACAUGAUUUAGUGUCUGAUAAGCAAGAGAAUCAGUAACUGGAGAAAAGUAGGAAUCAUAAAAUUAGAUAAGAUGAUUUCUCCAAGCAUUUCUAUUUAUGGACUUCUACUCAUGUGGCCUUGGAAUGAAAUAAAAUCUAGACUUCUGCCUUUAUUGGUAACUUAUAUUCUGAAAAAAAUUCUCCUUAUUGAUGCCACUGCAGUGCCUCUCUCAUUUUUAUUUUCAUGUUGGUCAGAUAUGGCUUGAAUAACUCAAAAGUGUACCAUAAUCUAACUGGGGAGACAAACAUCUAAGAUUUUGAGUAUCUUCUUUUCUCAUCCUAUCUUUUCUUUCAAUAUGUUUCCUUGUAUAAUCACUGUGUCUAAUCUUAUUAUGUUUCAUGCUUUGAUUUCCCAAUUUACGGAUGCUAGCAUAUUGGCAUUUUUUGUUGCAUUCCUUUUUUCUCCUAUUUGCAUUGGCAUAUUCCUUGGUUAUUUUUCAUAAGAAGUAAAAUUAGUGUGUGCACAUGUUAAGAAUUAUUUGAGAGUUUUUGCAGUUGGUUAUCUUGAUAUUGUGCUAUGCUUAUUUAAAAAAAAAUCCAAUAAUUUUGCCUUUGGUGGAAUUCAUGAACUGUAAGCACUUAUUGCUAAAAGAAAAAAAUAUUUACUAUCUAUGUUCAUUAUACUGCCUGUUCUGCUCUCUUUUGCCUUUUGAAAGAGACUAAUACAGGAUAUCAGAGCACAGAAAUUUUCCAGUGAGAAGUAGCCAAAUUAACUCUUAUUUUUUACACAAUGGAACCAAUGUUUGUAUCUAACUAGUUUAGUAUAGCUAAAUUGUUGGUUGUUUUACUCCAGAGAUCUUGGAAAGUUAAUUGUAUUGCACUGCUUACCAAACAAACAUAUUUAUAGAUUUGUAAACUUGGCAUUUGUGAAAUAAUUCACUUUUAUUAUAACUCUCAUUAUGAAUGAAGCACAGAAUUGUAUACACUGAUUUUAAAUGAAUACAGGUCACUCUAAGUAAUGUAUUAAAAUUAGGUCUGCAAGACCUUGGUUUUAAGAAAUGAACAGAUAUGAUUUUUUCCUACAUCUGCUUUUUGAGGGAGCAUUUAAAAUUAUCACUGCUUAAAAUAUAAAACUGCCCAGAUUAUAAAUUUUGAAUAUAUUCUAUAGAUAUUUAAGUAUAUAUAUAUUUAAUAGGUUUUUAUAGUGAAGCAAUGUGUAGUGCUUAAUGAUAGUGGUAAUUGCAGACUCUCUCUUAUAGUGGACAGUUGUGACACAAGGAGGCUUCUGAAAUACAAAAGUCAAAAUUUUAAACUUGAUGGAGUCUCUUCCUGAUGUAUUUCUGAAGCAUUGAAAAAGACAGUGGGGACAACAUUCUAAAAGAUACAAAUCUCUUACUUGUUUCAGGCAUAAAUUGUGACGAAAAAUUUAAAUAUAAGCAUCAUACAUUCUGUCUUAGUUUUAAGGUCACUUGAAUAUAAAGUGGUGAGAAAUUAUUGUAUAAACUUAAAGGAUUUGGUGAAGCUUCCUUGAUUCCACCCUUGUGCUCCCCCCUCCCGAUUUCCUAACUAUGUGACUUCUUUCUUUUGAAUACCAGCUGAGAUAAUCUUACAAUUUUCCUUGUUGAUGUCUUCAGAGAAUUGAGUUUAAGGUAACAUGCAUUGCUGCUACUGAUGUGCAAUCCAUCUUACGUCUAUUUCUGUUAGAGUAACAGAAGGGUAAUCAUAUAAAUGCUGGAAGAUGCAGACAUCCACAUUAAGAAAUUUAUAACUCUAUGCCAACUACUGAAUUGAAUCCCACUGAGUCAUACAGCUCUCAGUUCCUGCCUUUACAUCUUGCUGCUUCAUGUUAGCCUUUUCCAACUUGAUGGUCUCCAAGUUGAAACAAAAUUUCCUAAGUUCUUAAUCAGCAUAAAGUCCUCAUGGAGUUGUCAAAUUGGGAAACAGUGCUUAAGAAAUGUAGCAAAUGAGAAACCCAGCUUUUUAAAUCUUGGAAGAAAUAACCUUUUGUUACAAUAUGUCUGUCUGAAGUAGGAGGCUUAUUUUGGGGAGAGACUAAAAUAAUUCUCACAAAUUCCAGUUGCAAUUAUCUCCUUGC